AUGGCAGAAUCGUUGGAACAGGCCAAAGUGUCGUCUGAUGAGUCAGCUGAAGUUGUGAGUGAAGUUUCAGGAACAAAUAAAAAAAGAAAGCACGUAGGUGAAAGUGAAGCAGUGCUUAAUGAUAGACCUCGACGACAAGCACGUCCAGUUGUGCCCUAUGGCUCUCAAGCUUCCGAAACAAAGUUACGUAUCAAGCCACCCGUUAAUAUAGUCCAGGGGAAAGGUAUCCCACUUGGUCAAAUCCCGUCAGUAGCUCGUGCAAUUGACAAGCACAAAACCUCGGAUGAAACUCUUAAAAACAUACACAGAUUAUUUUACGGUCGAGCUGGUACAAAAAAUGAUAUCAAGUCACAUCUACGCGCUUUCUCAGGUCUUAAUCCCGAAUCUCCCGUCGACGCAACAGUGAUCAAAGAAAAACUUGAAAAAUUGAAAAUGAUUGCAUUGAAAAAAAUGUGCGCCUUUUUUAAUAUUAAAAGAAGCAUAUUCGAAUCUAAAGAAGAAAACAAGUCUGCAACUAGAACUCAGAUUGAUAAGCAGUUGCUAAGUACUUGGAAUAAUAUGUCAGAGAAAGAUAGGGAACCUUAUUUCGCUCGCGCUAAGAAUGCUAAAAAUAAAGGAACUCUAACCGCCAAAAAAACCGAAACCCCUAAAAAGUCAUCCGAAACUCCUGAUAGCGAUGAUGAUGAUGAUAAAAAGCCAAAAAAAAGGGUUAGGGUCGCCAAGAAAGGGUCCACAAAGACUGUCAAAAGUAAAUUUAAAUCACCUGAGACCAUAGAAAGCGAAGACGAUAAGUCUGAAGACCCUGAAGAUGAUAAUGUAGAAAGAGAUCCGGUUCAUGAUAGUGCAGACAUGCAACUGGACGACGAUGUAAUUGAUGAAAAACAGGCCGAUGAAAACCCCAAUAAGGAAGGUGACAAUAACAAAAGUGAUUCGGAUGAAUUGAGUGAUGUACCAGAUGAGACUGAUAGCGAAAAGGAACCACCAUACAAGAAGACUAAGAAAAAUGCUGAAAAUUAA